CAGUGAUCGGCAGCUCGUUUUCUGAAAUACAGAUUAUUACCUCCUACUGUUACAUCCUGAUGCUCUACUCUCCGCAUGCCAGACUAAACAUGGCUAAAAAGGCAGCCAUGCGCCUGGUGCUUGUUGCAGGGCUAUUGUCCGCAGUGAUCCUCGUCGCGAAACUUCAAUCCCACCAUCUCGACUUGCAAACCGCUUUUCUAUCCACGCAUCACUUCGCGGUUGGUCGAUAUGGGCAGUCACACAGGAAUGCUGGGAAAUCCGAGACAGCUUGCUCAGGUGUCCCCGACCGCGAAGCCUGGUCUUACUGCCGAGAUGGAAAACCCGCAGACGAGGACGGAAGAGGCCCUACAUUCGAAGACGAAAUAUCUCAAGGCCACCACAUAUUGUACUCGGUAUCGAGUGCCGAUCGGGAGUAUUUUGAGAUUGAUUUUGGGAGGAGGACUGUGAUAAAUCCCAACAUCAUCCCCCAUCCUGAACUACCUGACACCUGGAUCGUCACUGCACAACUUCAUAACCCUCCUUCGGCUCGAAUGGCAUCAGUCUGGUUUGCGGAACUGGUCUGCAAUGCGGCGUUCUCAGAGGAUAAGCGACUUCUGGGCUGUCUGGAACCACCACUGCAAUUGCCCAUCCCAGCGACGUUCGGUGACUCCAGCAAGUGUGUCGGCGACAUUUCACACUUUAGUCUCAGCGUCGGGCCUCAUGAUGCAAGGGUAUUCUACGGGCCCGAGAUUCCGUACACUCUGUACGGCUCCAAUUCUUUCUUCACCUGCUUUGGGCAAUGGAUCUCCGAUUUUCGAAUCUUGGUGGACUGGGGCCUAGACACGGUACAUGAACACGAGUUCCGCCAGUAUCGUGAGCUUCAGCGUCCAUGGCCAUGGAAUGCCGUUGAGAAGAAUUGGUUCCUGUUCUGGGACGACGUUGGACAAAUGUUCAUUCACCAUGAUAUUGCACCGGCGCGAAUAUUCGCGAAACUCGAGCUCGACGGAUCCGUUGGGCCAAACUUGGCUCUGGCGACCACGACGUCUGACCAAGCGUGUCUCCAGAGAUUCUUGCCUCAGAGUACGGACCCAACGGAGAGCAUUCAUCAAGCGACAAACUCGCUCGCUAUCACUCUCUGUGCAAGAUCGGACCAAUCCUGCCGACCCGAUACGAAUAAUACCUUUGUGCUUUUCAUCAUCCAGCGAAAGACCUCACGCGGCCUGCGCCCCGUAUAUGAGCCAUAUGUCGUGCUUACUCGGCGUUCUAUGCCCUACGAAAUCUAUGCCGUCUCGUCCAAACCAAUUUGGAUUUUUGGUCGCAGAACGGCAGCGAAAAAGCCAGAUGUAUCUUCUUCAAAAUCACACUCAGACGGCUCCGAGAUGCUCUACAUGACUAGCAUCAGCUGGAAAAGCCAAGGCCAGAAGUAUCACGGGUACAGUGAUGACACACUGUUCCUGGCAUUCGGUAGGGAGGACUCGGCCGCUGGCGGUAUCGACGUUACCGCGCGAGACCUCGUAGCAGAGCUGGGUAUGUGUGCGGGGUUCUAAUUUCAUUCUGUACUAGCAGUUCAGGCGCCUUGCAGGUCUCUUUUUCUUUUUUUUUUUU